ACGACCGGGUCUCAUCCGAUUGACUGCUUAAAUCGGAAGCGCGCUAUACCGCUAGUCCGAAUGUGAAAAAUUACCGGUCCAAUCUAGAGAUUUGAAGUGCGCUGCCACAACCCCCCCAAACCUGAAUAUGAAGAUCGUCACCUGGAACAUUAACGGCAUACGGACUUUUAAAGGCGGGAUUAAGAAGGCGUUAGAGUCACUGGACGCCGACAUAAUCUGCUUGCAAGAGACGAAAGUGACGCGAGAUCUGUUGAAUGAGAAAACUGCCAUUAUAGAGGGAUACAACUCUUUCUUCAGCUUCAGUCGAGGUCGAAGUGGGUAUUCAGGGGUGGCAACAUUCUGCAGAGACAGUGCCACUCCAGUUGCUGCAGAGGAGGGAUUGACAGGACUGCUGACCAAUCACGAUGGAGCUGUAGGAUGUUACGGAGACCAGAAUGACUUUGAUGAUGAGGAGCUACAGUCACUAGAUAAUGAGGGAAGAGCCGUCAUCACACAGCACAGAGUGAGGUGUGAGAGCCGUGAAGAGACGCUGACGGUGGUGAACGUGUACUGCCCCCGGGCUGAUCCAGAGAAACCAGAGCGGAGAAUCUUCAAGCUGCGCUUCUGUAAGCUGCUUCAGAUCCGGGCUGAGGCUCUCUUAGGAGCAGGGAGCCAUGUGAUUGUUUUGGGCGACAUUAACACCUCCCACAAGCCGAUAGAUCACUGUGACCCUGACGAGAUCGAUAAUUUUGAGGAGAAUCCUGGGAGGAAAUGGCUGAACAGCUUUAUAGUUGGAGAAAGUAAGGAGGAGGAGGAGAAGGAUGACAAGGAAAAUGAGGAUGAAGAGUACAGACUGGAGUCUCAAAUGGCUGGCAGGAAAUUUGUGGACAUGUUCCGGUACUUUCACCCGACACGUGAAGGUGCCUUCACAUGCUGGUCCACUCUCACAGGGGCCCGGCAGACUAACUAUGGAACAAGGAUUGAUUACAUCUUCGCUGACCAAGCCCUGGCCCAGACCCAGUUCCUAGAGACUGACAUAAUGCCAGAGGUGGAAGGGUCCGACCACUGCCCCGUGUGGGGCCACCUGAACUGUUCCCUCCUGCCUAGUCCCCGAUGUCCGCCACUAUGCACCCGCUACAUGCCCGAGUUUGCAGGCAGGCAGCAAAAACUGUCCCGUUUUCUGGUCAAAGUGGACCAGCAGACCCCAAGCGACUCCAAAGACCCUCUGCCUGGUUCCCAAGAGUCAGGGGAGAUUUGUGAAAACAUCAAACCCAUUGAGGGCACCCCAAGCUGCACAAAAAGGAAAGCAGUGGUACCAGAACCGCAUGGCACCAAGGGGAAGAAGAGCAAGAUGUCCAAUAGCUUGUUAAAGCCCCAGGGGAGCUUGUUGGCGUUUUUCAAACCCAGAUCGAAUCCGGCUGACCCACUGUGCUCGGCAGACGCAGAGAAGAACGAGGAACCAGCACCAACUUUAGUGACUGUAGAUAAACCGCAGCCUACCACAGACAGACCAGCAGCCAUUCAAGGUAUGGGAUUGACCGGCGGCAGGGAGGCCUCUAGUAGGGUUCGUGGUAGUGGUAAGAGUGAGGACAGCAAUAGUGAAGAAGCAGGUACCCAGGCGUCGCUGGGAUUCUGGCGGACUGUUCUGCGAGGCCCGCCACAGCCGCCACUUUGCAAGGCUCACGAGGAACCCUGCGUGCUGAGAACGGUUAAGAAGGCGGGGCCAAACCUGGGCCGCCAGUUCUUCGUGUGUUCCAGGCCACAGGGACACGCCUCCAACCCAGAAGCACGCUGUAACUUCUUUGCUUGGGUGGACAAGGGCAAAUAGCAAGGAGUGGCUUGGAAGGGGGAGUGGCUUGGAAGGGGGAGUGGCUUGGAAGGGGGAGUGGCUGAGAGUGUCAGAGAUUCCAUUGGCUGUUCAUUCUCAUGACUUCGGAAACACCGUCCUUAAAUGUGGACUGUGAAAAUUUGUUUUAAUUCACCCCUGUAAUUGUGUCAUUUCAUGUGUCAAUCAUUUCAUUUUCAUGCUCAACUUUUUACAGAAAUAAAGUAUGUCUUUUUUUUAAA